GCCUGACGCCUCACAAAUCACAAAACGAAAUUUGCAGCGCCAAAACGGUUGCUUCCUACUGCUGAUACCGACACGCUCCUCCCUUCGCAGCCUGUCACCGGAGAAACCUCACACACCGCACCACCGGAGACACGGUCAGAGCAACCGAUUCAUUCAGUCACCGUGAGAACGACGCUCUCUACAGUUUCUUUUGGUAUUGAACCAUCAGGCUUAGGUUCAUUGUUGUAGUGCUUGAUUUGUUUCCCCACAUUUAGGGUGAAAGAAAAUGGCGCUGGGGUUGAUCUUAGGCUUAGGAAGGGCAUUUAGAAGAAAGCGGACAUCAUCCCUUGACAUUCUCUCUUCAAAGCGAGCACCACGAGAUUACUACAAAGGGAAGAACUGCAAACCCACUGGAUUCCAUACCCGCAAAGGUGGAUAUGUUGUGGUAAAGGAAAAGCUGCCAAAUUAUGUAGUCCCGGCUUUAACUGACUUCAAGCUAAAGCCAUAUGUCUCACAGUGCCCGGUAGAAGUUAAAACUACAGUUGCAGCUGAGGCAGGAAAAUAAGCCAGCUAUGUGACCGUAGCAUUAUUCCCCCACUUUAUGUUCCGGUGAUAUUGUGAUGAACAAGUCUGAGUAGUUUUGAGAAAUAACGUCAAUUUGGAUAUUACUUCUUAAAUUAGAAGAUUUAUAUGAACAUGUUGAGUACUUUCACCCCUUGUUUCAUAUUUUCAACUAUUCUGACUUUAGCAUGAAUUCAAUACAAUUUGCAAAAUUUUAGCAUGAACA